CCACUUUACGCGACAUGGACGCGUCGAUACGCGUUAAAUGGCAGCUUUUAUCAAUUUGUUCAAUUGGUUUCGUGUCGCGCGCAAUCCACUCUCCACAACUGCCCAGCAUCCACAGAUGGGUCCCGGUCCCCUUUCCAGGUUUUGUCCCCAUUCAUAUCCCACUAUCUCUUCGACCCUCUCUAUUACCAGCUACGUACAUAAUCACCUCAAGGAAAGUAAAAGUGAAAACAUUUCACAAUGAGUUCUCCUCUGCGUAUGAACAUGGACUCCGCUAAUCGCGGUGCCGCCCCUCGUUCGAGCCGCAAACGCUCGCGCACUGGUGGCGGUGAUGCCUCUUCUUCCGUCGCCGCCUCAAGCCCUAUGCCUUCAUCUCCACCUGCAUUCAACAUUGCCCACGGCGGCGACGACGAUGACGAUAUCGAGGAAGAAGCUGAGGUCCAAGACGACCUGGAGGAUCUUGAUGAGAUGGCUGAAGACGACGUGGAUCUUUUUCGCGAAGGUUUCGAACGAGACUACAGAGAAAAAGAUGACAAUGAUGUCUACGAGGGGAUCGACAUUGACGACGAAGGAGAGUUUGACGAUAUCAACCUUGGCGAUAGAAGACGGUUAGAAGCCCAGCUAAACCGCCGAGACCGGGAAGUAGCUCGUAGACGGCGGAUGCCCCAAGCCUUCCUCCAAGACGAGGACGAGGAUGGGGAUGUUGACCUAACCGCCCAACCCCGUCGCCGUCGUCACCACUACGACGAGGACCCAGACGAUGAGAUGGACCAGGAUAUCAUGGACGAGGAACUUUCACUUGAAGCCCUACAAGACGUCAAAGCUGCGAGCUUGACCGAAUGGGUAUCCCAACCAUCCGUGCAACGUACUAUCAAGCGAGAAUUCAAGGCCUUUUUGACCGAGUAUACCGAUGAGAGUGGUUCUUCGGUAUAUGGCAACCGUAUCCGAACCCUCGGUGAGAUCAACGCCGAAUCGUUGGAGGUGUCUUAUGACCAUUUAUCCUCAUCCAAGGCUAUUCUUGCCUACUUCCUUGCGAACGCACCCGCUGAGAUGCUCAAGCUCUUCGACGAUGUGGCCAUGGAAGUUGUCCUUCUUCAUUACCCCGACUACGAACGCAUCCAUCCCGACAUUCACGUUCGUAUUUUUGAUCUUCCCGUCCACUACACCCUUCGCCAGCUAAGACAGUCGCAUCUCAAUUGUCUGGUUCGAGUAAGCGGUGUUGUUACUCGAAGAACAGGCGUCUUCCCUCAACUGAAAUACGUCAAAUUCGAUUGUACUAAAUGCGGAGUUACCCUAGGCCCUUUCCAGCAGGAAUCUAACGUCGAGGUCAAGCUCUCCUUCUGCCAAAACUGCCAGUCUCGCGGCCCUUUUACCUUGAACUCGGAGAAGACGGUCUACCGAAAUUACCAGAAACUGACGCUCCAGGAGUCACCAGGGACCGUCCCCGCCGGUCGUCUACCUAGACACCGAGAGGUUAUCCUCCUGUGGGAUCUGAUUGACAAAGCGAAGCCUGGCGAGGAGAUUGAGGUCACCGGCAUCUACAGAAACAACUACGAUGCUCAGCUGAACAACCGUAAUGGCUUUCCCGUCUUUGCUACCAUUUUGGAGGCAAACAACGUCAUCAAGGCUCAUGAUCAGCUUGCCGGAUUCAGGCUCACCGAAGAAGACGAGCACGAGAUCCGUAAACUUUCCCGUGAUGCCCAGGUUAUCGAUAAAAUUAUCAAUUCGAUAGCACCUAGCAUCUACGGACACACCGAUAUCAAGACUGCUAUUGCUCUAUCUCUUUUCGGCGGUGUGGCGAAGACGACCAAGGGCGAGCAUCACGUACGAGGAGAUAUCAAUGUAUUGCUGCUCGGUGAUCCAGGUACGGCCAAGUCGCAGGUGCUCAAGUAUGUCGAGAAAACUGCGCACCGCGCUGUUUUCGCUACUGGUCAGGGAGCUUCUGCUGUUGGUCUCACGGCUAGUGUCCGUCGAGACCCCUUGACUAGCGAGUGGACUCUAGAAGGAGGCGCUCUGGUGCUCGCCGACAAAGGCACGUGCCUCAUCGAUGAGUUCGACAAGAUGAAUGAUCAGGAUCGAACUUCCAUACACGAAGCCAUGGAACAGCAAACAAUCUCUAUCUCAAAGGCUGGUAUCGUUACCACCCUCCAGGCUCGAUGUGGUAUCAUCGCAGCGGCCAACCCUAUAGGUGGUCGUUACAACUCUACCAUACCCUUCUCGUCUAAUGUCGAAUUAACUGAGCCCAUCUUGUCCCGAUUUGAUAUUCUCUGUGUUGUGCGGGAUACCGUCGAUCCCUCCGAAGAUGAGCGUCUAGCUCGGUUCAUUGUUGGUUCCCACAGCCGUAGUCAUCCGUCCACUCAGUCUGCCGAAGGAUCUAUGGAGGUUGAGCAUGAUUCUGAGGCGACCCAAGAAACCCAGGCGCAACCGAAAAAGGAGGGCGAGCUCUCUCAGGAGUUACUACGCAAGUAUAUCCUAUAUGCACGAGAGCACUGCCAACCGAAGCUCUUGCAUAUGGACGAGGACAAGGUGGCGCGUCUAUUCGCAGAUAUGCGACGAGAAUCGCUAGCUACCGGCGCUUAUCCUAUCACCGUCCGUCACUUGGAAGCUAUCAUUCGAAUAUCCGAGGCCUUCUGUCGGAUGAGGUUGUCGGAGUACUGUUCAGCCCAGGAUAUUGACCGAGCUAUCGCCGUCACUGUUGACAGUUUCAUCGGCAGCCAGAAGGUCAGCUGCAAGAAGGCGCUCGCACGUGCAUUUGCCAAAUACACGUUGGCGAGACCCGGUGCAUCUAGCACACGGAGAGGUGCGCCGCCUCAGCGUCGAACCGCGGUGGCGGCUUAGGAUGAGUCGAAUUUGGCGUAAGGCAGCCACUUACCUCAAGGAAAAGGGAUAGUGAAAUAUAGGAAGUUAAGAUUGAGCGUUGGGCUUGAAUGAUAACGUUGACUUUGAUAUGUAUGACU